CGCAAAAUGCUAUCAAACCCAUGGGGAUUAGAGAAUGAAGGCUACAUUCAUGACGUUGGAAUGCUUGACCAAGUCAUUUCCAUGCAAGCUGAGCUCGAUUCUAACAAGAAAUACCUCUCAGAGACUGAUAAAGACCUAGACUUUGAGAAAUUGGCCAGUUAUAAAGUGACAUUCAGUCCAGUACCAGACUCGACUGAAUAUCUUUCAAUUCUUGAGAAAAUCCUUGAUUUGAGCAUCGAAAACAGUAACUUGUCCCUCUCUAAAGAGAAAUUAAUGGAGGGGUUGGACUCUUUCCAAGAUUUCACGUGUCAAUCAUCAAUCCAAGCCAAAACAAAAUAACCUUAAUUACAUAAUCUCAGUGUUAUCCCUGAUCAAUGAGCAUAAAUCCGAUUUCUUGAAAAUCUUGCUCAAAUACAGAACUUCAUACGAAAAUACACUUGUAAUUUCAAAACCUGUGCAGGAAAAAUUUAUAAAUUUGUUACAAAAAUUAGCACUAGACUCAGGUGCUAGUUGCUUCAAAGAGCUCUCGGUUGGAAACAAGGCUCUGAGCCCCACAGACCUAGCUAUGAUCGAAGGCGAGAAAGAGUUCGAAGAGAUACAAGAAGUCUAUGAAAGCGUCCAAAGAGUCAUCUAGCUUUGCACAAAUUUCA